AUGGAGUUGGCAACAACGAGAGGUAUAAUCAGGGACGAGAAUGGCGAUUGGAUAGGUGGGUUUAUGUUGAUAAUUAGCAGAACAACCGCGCCUCCGUGGAACUAUGGGGAGACAGACAGGGGCUUAAGGAAAAACUAUUGUUCAAAGAGAGACAUGGGGGAUGGUUUAAGAUGGGGUUCUUCCAUGGCUGCUGAAGAUGCGACAGCUUAUUGGACUGACUACAAGGUUAUAGAGAAUGACUGGAGUCUGACAAAGGUGUCCAACACUGCCAAUGGAAAAAGCGUGACGGUGAGAGUGCUGGAUACAUGCACCAGGCCAAGUUUGGAUUUGGACUAUCCAGCGUUUUCUGAGAUCAUGGAUGACAAAGGCAGGCAAGACGGGCAUCUUACAGUGAACUAUGAAUUUGUGGAUUGUGGUGAUGAUCCUACAAUUCGUCUCCAUCAUGAACUAUAA